AUGGGAAUGAUCCGGAAGUUGGGGGGAAAAUCCGUAGACAUGUUCUCGGAUUCAAGACUUAUUGUGGGGCAGAUAAAUGGGGACAUGGAAGCAAAGGACGAAAGAAUGCAAGAGUAUCUAGUUCGGGUUAAGCACCUGCAGACCCAAUUUAAUCACUUCCGCUUGACGCACGUACCUAGAAGUGGGAACACUCAUGCUGAUUCUCUCGCGACGUUGGCUACCUCCUCGACUCAACCCCUACCUCGAGUCAUUCUGGUAGAAGAGGUCCUCCGUCCAUCAACAGAAAAGACCAAUGGGAUUGGAAUACAUAACAUCAGGGCAGGACCGAGCUGGAUGGACCCUAUCGUUCUGUACUUAAAGCAUGACACCUUGCCAGACGAUAAGGUUGAAGCUGGCAAAAUUAGGAGAAAGGCUACUCGAUUCUGGUUAUCAGAGGACUCCAAGCUUUACAGACGCUCGUUUUCAGGGCCGUAUUUGCUAUGUGUGCACCCAGAGGCUGCAGAACUCAUCCUGGAAGAGUUACAUGAAGGAAUUUGCGGAAGUCACACGAGGGGUAGGUCUUUGUCUCAUAGAGUCUUAACGCUGGGUUAUUGGUGGCCGAGCAUGCAUAAGGAAGCCCUAGAUUAUGUGAAGAAGUGCGACCAAUGCCAGAGAUUCGCUCCGAGCAUACACCAGCCUGGUGGAGAGCUAAACCCAAUGUCCAGUCCCUGGCCAUUUGCACAAUGGGGCCUAGAUAUACUUGGUCCAUUCCCCAAGGCAACAGGGAAUAGAAAAUUUCUUCUCGUCGGCACCGACUACUUCACCAAAUGGAGUAAUGGCCAAGCAGAAGCCAUCAACAAGACCAUAAUGAACGGACUGAAAAAGAGACUAGAUGACGCAAAAGGAAGGUGGGUAGAGGAGUUAGCCCAUGUCUUAUGGACAUACCGCACCACGCCUUGUAGGUCCACAGGGGAAACCCCUUUUUCAAUGACCUAUGGGGCCGAGGCUGUCAUUCCACUGGAGGUGAACUUCCCAACCCAGAGGACCACCACCUUUUGUCCCACUACCAAUGACAAAAUUCUAGAAAAGAGCUUGGACCUCAUCGACGAAAGAAGGGAAGGCGUGAUGGUCCACCUAGCUAACUAUCAGCAGAAGCUCAAGCAAGGUUACGACGCCAAAGUGAAGUCCAGGCCAUUGGCGCCUGGAGAUCUAGUACUGAGGAAAGUCUUGGGCACUGCGAGGAACCCCGCAUGGGGAAAGCUCGAACCAAACUGGGAGGGACCGUACCAUAUCACUUCCGUAGCUUGCGUAGGAGCCUACUUUUUAGAAGACUUGGAUGAACGUGUAGUUCCACGCCCUUGGAAUUUAGCGAUGGAGUAG